CGUCAGCAGUGCCACGUCCACAACAUGACGGGCCUGCCAGGCCAACUGGCCAAUGAGCCCAUUGCCGACUACAAAAAGCGCUUCCAGGCUCAGCUCGCUGUAAUCGAGGCUGAGGAACAACGCCAGCUGGCAGCCAAGGCUGCCCAGCUACAGGCUGACGAAGCGGCAGCAGCAGAGCAGCUCCGGCUACAGGCCGAAGCAGACGCAGAUGCCCAGGCUCGCCGCAAGGAAGCCCAGGAUCUGCUGCAGCGGCAUGAAGCCAACAGCAUAGAGAGACUCAAGUUCUGGCACUUUGAACCGAAUGGCGACGAGGCAACACCGGAAGAAAAGCAUAAGGAGUUCAUGGCCAAGCUCGUGACCAGGUUGGUUUAUACUUGUAACCACCUGCAGUCCGAGCUGGCGAACCUCCAGCGGGCCGUGCGGAACCAUAAGACUCAGCACGAGGAUGCCACACGGGCACUGGACGCCCGUGUACAGGACUUGGAACAAGUUCCGCCAAGACCAAAUGCUGGGGCUUCCAGCAGUGCAUCCUCUAGCCGCCAAUUGGAGGAACGCGUUGACCACGUGGUGGUAAUGCUCGGCGACAUCAGCACUUUCGCUGCGCCGACCACCAUCAGCAGUCAGCUGCAUAACUUGAAGACCGAGGUCCAGCAGCUGCAGUCGACGAAUGCGGAUGACAAUCCGAAGAUGUACAAGAUGCCAACUUUCCAACUGGACAAGUUCGACGACUACACGCAGCAGGAUCCGGUCCUCUGGUGGGAAGCAUUCACAACACAACUCAGGAUUCUGCCCGUAGCCAAGCAUGCGUACAUCGGCGCCCUGUUCCUGAACUCAAAGGGCGGAUGCCAGACCUGGUUGAGCCACCUGGCAACCUCCCACGGCGUCGACGUACCGGACUUGAAGGACAAGAUCACAUGGGAGGAACUGACACGACUGUGGAAGAAGCGGUUCAUCGUCGACGACGCGCCGACACUCGCCAUCAACCGUUUGUUCACCAUGUCACAGGGCAACGCUGCAACACGGGACUGGCUCAUGGAGUGGCAGAAGAUUGCGGCAGUGCCCAAUAUGGACUUGCCAUUCAUACAUCUCAGACGUGAGUUCUACAACAGAUCCUGCGCUGUGUUACGAUCCUGGUCAUUUCCCAAGUGCAUAGGCACAAUGAAAGACAAUGCCACCCAAUUGCGAAAGAAAUGAAAGCACUUGCAAAGAGAUAAAGACCAGAGGAGAGG